ACAGCUUUGUUGAAUUUCACGUGCAGCUUUUAAUUUGUUUAUUUUCUAUUUACCGCCAAAAUGAGCGCAACAAGUGAGAAAAAAAUUGUUAUAAAUAAACGUUUAAAAGGCCUGCCCCGCGAGGCUCUGGAAAAACUGAGCCAAACAGAGUUGAUCGAUAAGGUUGUCCAACUGGAGGCCUACAAUUUUCAGCUGCGAAAUCUGCUGCAAAAGAAAUUAACCGAACAAGACAAAAAUGAUGAGGAAUAUGCUGUUUUAUUUGGAAAGGAAUCCGAGGAGAGGGUUUCCAAAGAAACCAAGGUGUCCAGCAAGACGCAGAAGCAACGUAAGUUCGAUUGGAGUAGUGCCCACAAGCGUCAUGUUCUGCUGAAGAUCACCUACUUUGGUUGGGACUAUCAAGGAUUUGCCUGCCAGGAGGACUCCAAUGACACCAUCGAAUCCAACUUGUUCCGCGCUCUAAGUCGCACUUGCCUCAUCGAAUCCCGCGCCACCUCCAACUAUCAUCGCUGUGGACGCACCGACAAGGAGGUGAGCGCCUUCUGCCAGGUGAUCUCCAUCGAUCUGCGCAGCAAACAUCCGCCCGAAACCCAACUGGAUCCCUCGGCUCUGUCCACAGAGAUUGACUAUUGUGGACUUCUGAAUAGGGUGCUGCCCAAGAACAUCCAGUGUGUGGCCUGGAUGCCACUGCGUAAUCCAGUUUACAGCGCUCGUUUCGAUUGCGUUUCGCGUAGCUAUCGUUACUACUUUCCCAAGGGCGACCUGGACAUUUCUGCAAUGCAGGAUGCAUGCGUACUCCUAGUGCGCCAUGCGGAUUUCAGGAAUUUCUGCAAAAUGGACGUGCACAACGGGGUGACCAACUACAUGAGAAACUUGCAAUCAGCCAGGGUGCAAGCGUGUGGGGAGAAUCAAUCGAAGACAGGCUACGACAUGUACUACCUUGAAAUCCAAGCCAAUGCCUUCCUCUGGCACCAGAUCCGUUGUAUUAUGGCUGUGCUAUUACUUGUUGGUCAAAGGAAAGAGCAACCCAGCGUAAUCAGUAAACUGCUCGAUGUGGAGACUAAUCCCUGCAAGCCUCAAUACACGCCCGCCAUUGGUUUGCCCUUAAAUCUCUUCCGCUGUGAUUUCCGGGACAAGACCACGAGGAGUAUAAAUCAUCCUAUCGAUGGAAAUGUAAAUGAUGACGCCAUGGAUGUAGCCACUGAGGAAACGGAACCCUCAGAUGCUGCUGCUUAUUCAGAGGAACGAGAUCUGACGAACUGGAUUUACAGCGAAGAAAAUCUGCAGAAGCUAAUUGAGAACACUCAAUGUGAGUGGACGCAAUUCAGCGUGAAAAGCACCAUGAUACGAAAUGUGCUUCAGCAAUUAGAAAGCUUGUUAGAGGAAAACUUUAAGCCCAAAGAAAAGGUGCAGGCACAAGUAAUCCUGCUGCAGGAUUCCGUCAAACCGCGUCAAUAUCAGCCUCUCCUAGAACGCAAACGUUGUGAGAGUUUGGAGAAUCGCAUAGAACAUUUUGUUAAAAAGCAACGACUGAUUGUCAAGGACGAAACGGAAACAGCGUGAUUUAUUUUAGUAAAUAUUCAUAAAAACAAAAAAUAUUUUGCAUUUCAGGUAAAUAUAUUUAACUCGUAUGUAAAUAUAA